AUGACGGGAUCGACUAUGGCAAGUCAAAGGCAACCACAAUCAGGGUUUGCCAUUAGUGAUAUUCUAGAGCUAGACAGACAAACCAAUGAAGACAUAGAUCCCAUCACGACAGAUACGUCGAUGUACUCACCUCAUCAAGACAUGUCGUUUAAUUCGAGGCAUCACUGGCUCCAUCAGUUAUCAGAUCCAUCAGGCCUCCCUUCCCACCACCCCCAUCUGGCCGUCCCGCCUCCCCACGCCGUCCAGCUGAGUCCCGACAGCACCAGUCCCGCCGUCUCGGAGCGGUCCAGCGUCGACCCGACCUCCCUGUCCGAGCGCGACCCUGCCCCGGAUUCCCGCCACCCCCGCAACCAGCUCGACUCCUCGACGGAGGCGCUGAGCGAGAACGAGGCCGAGGAGCAGGAGGAGGGAAAAGACGGCCAAGACAGGCAAGCAAGGCACGUCACACAAGAAGCGCAAGAGGCGGGUGCUGUUCUCGAAGAGCCAAACCUACGAGCUAGAGAGGCGGUUCCGGCAGCAGCGGUACCUGUCUGCGCCGGAACGGGAACACCUGGCUUCCAUCAUCAGGCUGACGCCCACGCAGAUACAAGACCAAAAGGGCACAGCACGAAAAAGGGAUGCACGACCACCAAAGCAACCCCAUGCCCUCCCCAAGAAGGGUAG